AUGCCAAAUAUGGAGGCUAAAGGUUCUGAUACUAUUGAUGGAAUAGCUGCAAAUAUGAAUUACAUUUCAUCAUCAGUAUUUUCUACAAAGAAUACCUUCACAAUGGAACUUCCUGCUAAACUCAAAGUUGACGCCGAACUUCAAGGAGACGAUCAACCUCCUAAAAGCAUGACUUGUAAUGGUAAUGUGAAAGCACUUUAUAUGAUGGGAAAUUCUUUAAAGAAAGUCACAUAUACUAUUUCUGAUGCACAAUAUUCAUUCCCAAUUAUCGCCGACUCAGCUGCAGCUGGAGCCUCACCUGUAAAUGCUAAAUCAGUAUUCUUCAUCAGUACUCCAAUGAGCAUCGCUAAUUAUAUGGAGAGAAAGAUGAAUCCCAAUGCUAGAAAGUUACAAGAAACGAUGACAGUCGAGAUUGAUUCUACUAUAACAGUUACAGUUCAACCAGCAGCAGAAUCAUCUGCAGACGGAGAAGACCAAGAGAGCUUAAUAUAUGCAGGUCAUUUUAUUUUUUUUUCUUAA